AUGGAUCCAUCCAAGGUGCCCCCUUUUUAUGCCACACAAAGCGACAGCGCGAUUCCUCGGACAGCUGAAUGUGUGUCGAAGAUUCAUCAAACGCAGUCCUAUAUGCCACCGAAGUGCAAGCAUGAUUGCGUUCCGCCCGGGACAAAGUCGGCUUGCCCGCACACAACAUCUGAAUGCAUUUGUUCAUGUUUGACGCCGCUUGCAUCGGUGGCAUCACGCCUUGUGCGCCAAACAGCCUUUUGUUUGCAUGCAGAUGCCUUCGUCAAUCUAGCCUGUUCGCAAUCAUAG